CUAGUGUUUCCAAACCAGGCACAGAGGUGGGGAAGCUCGUCUGUGAAAAGUGGAAGCUACAAGUUGUACUGACAUCAGGUGACUCCUGUCCAGGCUCAUCCCAGCCCCUGCUCAGCAGUAGCGGUGCCCUCGGAGAGCCAGCUCACCCAGCACCCACCAUGUCGCAGGAUGGCACUCCUGAAGCUCCCAUCAAGAAGAAGCGACCCCCCGUGAAGGAGGAGGACCUGAAGGGGGCCCGAGGCAACCUGACCAAGAAUCAGGACAUCAAAUCUAAGACCUACCAGGUCAUGCGGGAGUGUGAGCAAGCUGGCUCGGCCGCCCCAUCGGUGUUCAGCCGCAGUCGCACAGGUACUGAGACUGUCUUUGAGAAGCCCAAAGCCGGACCAGCCAAGAGUGUCUUUGGUUGAGAAGUGCUCACCACUCCUCUCGCCUCCCUGAUCCCCUGGACACAGGAGCCUUUCCCACGAGCUCUUUUUUAUGCCGCAAUGUGCCCUUCUCCCUGCUGUCUCCAGCACUGUCACCCCUCCCUCGCUGUCCCUUUGGCACCAGUGCCCUGCAAACACCAAUAAAAAAGAUACCCAAUUGA